AAGUUCAGCAGAAUUAAACCCGCCUCCAGCCAUGACCCUCCAAUCAAAGGCCGAGAGCAGGACCAGGACAGGAAUCCUACGGGACCCCUUGGCACAAUCGGUGUUUUUCUGCUCCCCGUGCAAAGUAUGGAAAUACGACGGGAAUAAAUGCUCUAAUCAAUCUCUCUCACACAUUGAAGCUCAAAACCAAACUGAGAUUUUGAGACACUAGGAAUGUCGCUCCGCACAUUGUCCGGAAUGGGAACGGCGAUGUCUUCAGGACAAGAGGCUGUCAUUCGCUCGCUCGGUUUCCAGCUCGUCAAAGUUAAACGAAUAAAGUCCUGAGUAGAAUGGACGUUUACAGACUGUUUUCAGCGGGAUGGCAACUUUUAACAUGCCACUCCUGGACAUCCGGAGACUAUUGCAGAAACUUGUAAUCAUGUUGUCCUUCAGCAUUAUAUGCGUCUCUCUCAUUUACCUUUUGCUGGGAUGCUGCGAGUCGGACUUGGUGGACAGUUCCAAAAACUCACCGUUGCUUUUAACGGGAUGGUACCGAGAGCGCCAUAAUAAGACCGUACUCAGAGAAAUAUUAACGGUGCCUGACUACGCGGAGGAAGAUAGUGUAAAUUCAACCAACAGCUCGGGGAAAGAUUGGACCGCUAUCCGGCGACUUCCACACGCUCUGAUCAUCGGAGUGAAGAAGGGAGGAACCAGAGCGCUUCUGGAAUUCUUGAGACUUCAUCCUGACAUCCGAGCUCUUGGGUCCGAGCCGCAUUUCUUUGACAGACACUAUGCGCGUGGACUCAGCUGGUACAGGAGCAUGAUGCCCAAAGCUCUUGAUGGGCAAAUCGUAAUGGAGAAGACGCCCAGAUACUUUGUUACGCCAGAGACACCGGCCCGCAUCCAUGCCAUGUCCCGGGAUAUCAAGCUAAUUGUUGUGGUUCGGGACCCUAUCACCCGCGCCAUUUCAGACUACACACAGAUAAUUUCUAAAACCCCUGAUAUCCCUAGUUUUGAGAGCCUGACGUUUAAGAACAGAACCACAGGACAGAUAGACUCUCUCUGGAGCCCUCUGUACAUUGGACUGUACGCCAAGCACUUGGAGCGGUGGCUGGCCUACUUUCCUCUCUCGCAGAUCCAUUUUGUCCAUGGAGAGAGACUGAUAAGUGACCCGGCGGGCGAGCUGGGUCGCGUACAGGACUUUCUUGGUCUGCAGAGGAUCAUUACAGACAAACACUUCUACUUCAACAAGACAAAGGGAUUUCCUUGCCUCAAAAAGCCAGAAGGCAGUAGCAAACCCCACUGUCUGGGCAACACCAAAGGCAGAACUCACCCUAAAAUUGACCCAGAGGUCAUUCUGAAACUUAGGGAAUUCUACCAGCCCCACAGCAUGAAGUUUUACCAAAUGGCAGGCAUGGACUUUGGAUGGCAGUGAACAUUUCUGACCAUUAUAUCAAGGAACUCAAAGUCGCUUUUGCACAGUUGCAGUGGCAAUUGGUUCUGUAUUGGGAAACUAUACACCAUAGAGUGUGAGUUGAUCAGUAAGAGGGCUGUUGUCUGUGAGAGCAGGCAAAAUCAUAAUGUGAUUGAAGAGAAAAACGAAAUCUCCAGAAUUCUUCAUAGGUUUGUUGAUGACUCCAUAGCUGUUCAAAUCAAUGUAUCAUAUCUUCCAGAUUACACUGUGUGUCAGAAUUCAUAUCAGAGUGUGGUUCAGAUUGAGGGUGUGAUAAGGAACAUUAGUAGGAGCAGGGAACGGAUAGCAAUAACAUCGUAUAAUUGUUUUCAACAGCACUUUUCUGCUCAUUGUUUAUGUGUUGAUAUCUAGUUUUUGCAGUCAAACAAGAGCUUGGGUGAAAAACAACAUUCAAUCAUGAUUCAUGUUCAAAGAUUGAUGAUGCCUAGCAAAAUGUCAUGAUUUAAAAUAAACUGUGUAGCAUAGAUAUAACUUGUCAUUGUUGCAGUCUUUAAACUAAACAGAAAGAUUACAUAUUAAACCAACAUAUAACUGAGGCAUUGCAGCACAUUUGUGUACAGCAGUAGGUGCUGGUCUACAAUAUCAUUCUAUAGCCAAUCUCUCAAACUGGUUUCAUUCUCUGUUGUGAUUGGUUGCAACUGGUAACUAACUAGUGUAGACAACAUAAAAGAAAAUGUUUACCUCUGCUUGCAUGAAUUUGCACUAGUUUGAAAAACAGUC